UGGGCCUUGAAAUUUAGGCCUCAACAUCAGUCCACCUUCGGCAUCGGGAAGAUUUUCUGGAGCUCCGUUGUUCGAGGCAGCUUCAAGUCAACUCCGGUCGCCGCCAUGAAGCCCGCGAACACAUCGGCAUUGCUCAAUGCUUUCCAAGGCUUGAGGUUGUGCGCCUCUUCGCCUCUCCGACAACUUCGUGCCCCUCUCCAGCAGUCUUCGAAGACCCUUGAUGCGAUUCGACAACCUCAAAAUGUCCGAGCCUUUUCGACGACCCCCUCGAUGUUGGGCAACUGGCUUGAGCCAAACUUGAACCGAAAGAAGAAGAUGGCAAAGGGACGGCCUCGCGUGGCUACAGGUGGUUCGACAAAGGGUACGACAGUGAUUUGGGGCGACUAUGGUCUGCGAAUGACGGAUCACCACCGAAGAAUCAGCGCCAAGCAGUUGAAGAUGGCCGAGGACACCAUUAAAGUGCGACUUCGAGGGCAAAAAUACCGAUUGUACAAGCGAAAGAACUGUAACGUCGGUGUAUAUGUCAGCGGUAACGAUAUGCGUAUGGGUAAGGGUAAAGGUUCAUUCGAUCAUUGGGCGACCCGAAUGGCUGUUAGCCAGAUUCUGUUCGAAAUCCGAGGACGGCUUCACGAGCAAGUUGUGAGAGAUGCUUUCCGCUUGGCUGGUAACAAGCUGCCUGGUCAAUGGGAAUUUGUCAAGAAGGGAGAGCCACCCAUGGUUGGUAUCACCAAGUUGGAUGGCGUGACUCUAGAAGAGUUGAAGAGACCUCGACGACACAUUGCUCCCGUUGAACUACUGGAGGCUUCCUCGCCUACAACUGAGACUCUGGUCGGGAGCACUUCUGAGGCUUCCCGCAAUCCCUAGAGGUUGGAAUGAUGAGACAAUGCCAUGUACAUUAUAGAAGGUGUAGAUCUGCUGUUGUAACUUGUAUGAAUACCAAAUUCAGGAUCUACUAAUUCUGGAAAUAAACAAAAUGAUAUUUAUAUUAAAUAAAUUUACAACGGCAUAGAACCAAUGCUAAUGUUCAUCUCUUCUUGAAAAGCAUCAGUGCUUUCUUCGUGCCAAACAAUUUCAACCUGUGCCAUAUCCUACCUUAUGUUCGUUGCCUGCUGAACGGUUGUUACAGUUGAAAGCUGUGCACGGACCACCUCAUAUUCUAGACAUCAUCCACCCUGCCACUUUACGCGACAACGCGUCUUCCC